AGAAGGGCCAGGUGUACAAGCAGAAGAAGCCCACCAUGUACCCCCCCUGGAGCAGCACGUUUGACGCCCAUGUCCACCAGGGCCGUGUCAUGCACGUGGUGGUGAAGUUCAGGUGAGGGAGAUGGAUUUGGAGAGAGAGACAGGGAUCCGGGAGUCUUUGCCCUCCACGCACGACGCGGGGCCAUCAAACAGGCCAAGAUCCACGAGGUCAAAUGUCAUGAGUUCAGCGCCACUUUCUUCCCCCAGCCCACCUUCUGCUCCGUCUGUAAAGAGUUUGUCUGGGGUCUGAAUAAGCAGGGUUAUCAGUGUCAACAGUGCAACGCAGCCAUCCACAAGAAAUGCAUUGACAAAAUCAUCGCCAAGUGCACUGGGUCGGCCAUCAACAGCAAAGAGACCAUGAUCCACAAGGAGCGCUUUAAGAUCGACAUGCCCCACAGGUUUAAGGUGUACAACUACAAGAGCCCCACGUUCUGUGAACACUGUGGCACGCUGCUGUGGGGGCUGGCCAAGCAGGGACUCAAGUGUGAGGAGUGUGGUAUGAACGUUCAUCACAAGUGCCAGAAAAAGGUGGCCAACCUGUGUGGKGUCAACCAGAAACUGAUGGCUGAAGCCCUGGCCACGAUCGAGACUAAACAGCAGGCCAGGGGCUCCAGAGAGAGUGAGAUCUAUAGUCGAGGCGGGCCGGUGGGUGUGGGCCAGGCAGGGGUGGUGCGGGAACCUUCAGGUUUAGUGGCAGGUCUCCCCCCGACAGCAGCCACCGCUGGGCGAAAAGAGCAGCAGGGUAUAUCGUGGGACACCCCAGCGGAGGGGGACAUGCCUGCCCCUGUGUUGGAGGAGCCUGAGACGCUGUAUGCCGUCCCCAGAAAAGAACACCACAAGUUCACCCUCGACAACUUCAUCCUGCAUAAGAUGCUUGGCAAAGGCAGCUUCGGCAAGGUGUUUUUGGCCGAGCUGAAGAGCAGUAGAGAGUUCUUUGCGGUGAAGGCUCUGAAGAAGGACGUGGUUCUGKUGGAUGAUGAUGUGGAGUGUACCAUGGUGGAGAGGAGAGUACUCUCCCUGGCCUGGGAACACCCCUUCCUCACACACCUCCACUGCACCUUCCAGACCACGGAGACUUUCUUUGUGAUGGAGUAUCUGAACGGGGUGACCUCAUGUUCCACAUCCAGAAACUUUCACAAGUUUGACGUGCCUGGCUGUAGGUUCUAUGCUGCUGAGAUUAUCUGUGGGCUCCAGUUCCUCCACUCCAAAGGCAUUGUCUAUAGGGAUAUGAAGCUGGACAACGUGUUGUUAGACUCAGAAGGCCAUAUAAAGAUAGCAGACUUUGGGAUGUGUAAGGAGAACAUGGAGGGAGAAACGCGGACCUGCACCUUCUGUGGAACACCUGAUUACAUCGCCCCAGAGGUGACUGCGGGGCAGAAGUACGGCAGCUCAGUGGACUGGUGGUCGUUUCGGGUCUUGCUGUACGAGAUGCUGAUUGGCCAGUCUCCAUUCCAUGGUCGCGAUGAGGAGGAACUGUUCCAGUCCAUCAGGACAGAUGAACCCUGUUACCCCCGCUGGCUGACCAAGGACGCACGAGACAUCCUCAUCAAGCUGUUUGUGAGGGAGCCGGAGAGGAGGCUGGGUGUGAAGGGGAACAUCCGUCAACACUCUUUCUUCAAAGACACAGACUGGAACGCUCUGGAGAAACGAGAGGUGGCGCCGCCCUUCAGGCCAACUGUGAAAUCCCCAAGUGACGUCAGUAACUUUGACAAGGAGUUUAUCAAUGAGAAACCCAGGUUGUCGUGUGCAGAUCGUACCCUCAUGAACAGUGUGGACCAAACCAUGUUUAACAACUUCUCCUUCGUCAACCCAGCUAUGGGCCACAUCAAAGGCCCCUGACCUGCGAUAACCUUACAACAACCUACCAGCAACAUAUUCACAAUCCAUCAACAACCCACUGUACCAGCAACAUAUUCACAACCUAUCUGUAACCUUCGGACAACCUAUUCGCAACGCAUCAAUUACUCAUUACGACAACACAUCACAGACAGGAGUCAAGGACACUUACCUAACAGAUCAAUAACGUAUCCACAACCAGUCAAUAACAUCUCACCUCAGCUCUUUUAUACAGCCAAGGUGUACAGCAGUGGAGGCUGCUGAGGGGAGGACGGCUCAUAAUAAUGGCCGGAACGUAGAAAAUGGAAUGSCAUCAAACAUGUCAUGUGUUUGAUGUGUUUGAUGUAUAUGAUACCAUUCCACUGAUUCCGCUCCAGUCAUUACCACGAGCCAGUCCUCCCCAAUUAAGGUGCCACCAACCACCUGUGGUGUACAGACUACUGUAGGAGUCACUACCUGAUUGCCCAGAUUGUGUGGAAUACUGAGAAUGUUGUAUUGUACUCAUAACCUGUUAUUCAAUAGUGUCUGUUCAAUCAACUUUAACCAUUUCCUGGGACAUUUUAUAUUUAAUUCUGAAAGUGUAUCAGUAGUUUUAUUAAAUAGAGCCACGGUUAGGCAGUUAGUAUAUUAAAAUGUGUUGUUUUGCCAUUGUUAUUGCUCAGAUCCAGGUAGAUUGUCACACUAUCGGACGGUGGAGUGGUUGGCUUCAAUGUACAUGGAUAAAUGAAUGGUUUAUGUUUACAUGAUACUGUGUUUUAUAAUGGCCCUUCAGAGGCUUGUGAUCGCUGUGAUUAAGUUAUUAUAGAAUCUAAUGACAUAGAUGAUGCCUAGAUUCAGCAGUAAUUGUUUGUUUUUAUUCUGUACAUUAAAAUAAGAUUUU